AUCCUCGGCUGCGGUAACCCUCAGCUUCAUGUUCCAGCGCAGAUAAAACAUAUUUCAGAUCUCAUUUUCUCUCUGGAAUAAGUUCUUAUAAGGGGGGAGGAACUGGACCUGGGCUGCAGACAGAAUGACCCGGAGUCCGGAUCUCAGCGUGUGGACAUCAUGACGGGCUGCAGAUUUUUAUUUAUGUUUUAUUAAACCCAAAGUUUUUUUUAAUUUUUUUUUAUUGAGUUCAUGUCUGUGAUCCGCUCUCAUCACAGAAACCCUGAGGAGUUGAUGGUUCGGUUUUUCAGGUGACUUCUUCGUGUGAACCUGCAGAAAUGGAGGCUGCAAAGAAAGAUGUCCCGCCUGUGGGGGAUGCAGGCAAAUCGGACACCCUCGGGUCGACUGGCUCGGCCAGGAAGAGGGGAGGGGGCGCCAAGAAGGCGAUGCAGGCCAACAAGUCUGCCCUCAGGGCCCCCCGAGCUCUGUGCUGCCUCACUCUGAGCAACCCCAUCCGCAUGGCAGCCUUGGCCCUGGUGGAGUGGAAGCCUUUUGAUAUUUUCAUCCUGCUUGCCAUAUUUGCCAACUGCGUGGCCAUGGGCGUCACAAAGCCGUACCCGGAUGACGACUCCAACGCAACCAAUCACAAGCUCGAACAAGUUGAGUAUGUCUUCCUGGUCAUCUUCACUAUCGAGACCUUCACCAAAAUUCUUGCCUAUGGUUUAGUCAUGCACCCCAGCGCCUACAUACGCAGCGGAUGGAACUUGCUUGAUUUCAUCAUCGUCAUUGUUGGGUUGUUCAGUGUGAUAGCAGAGGGAAUGACUGAUCAUAAGCCAGGAGAGGCUCAUCAUGCUGCAGGGAAACCUGGAGGUCUGGAUGUAAAAGCUCUCAGAGCGUUCAGGGUGCUGCGACCACUUCGACUUGUGUCUGGAGUCCCAAGUUUACAGAUUGUGUUGAACUCCAUCAUGAAGGCCAUGGUCCCUCUCCUCCACAUUGGAAUGCUUGUGAUGUUCGUCAUCAUCAUCUACGCCAUCAUCGGCCUGGAGCUGUUCAUCGGCAGGAUGCACAAGUCGUGCUUCGACAUGAGCACAGGUCUCAUGGUGGAGGACGACCCGUCUCCUUGUGCUUUCGCCGGUGUCGGGCGCUUGUGUGUGGACAAUGGAACGGAGUGCAGAGGAAAGUGGGAGGGUCCCAACGGUGGGAUCACAAACUUUGACAACAUUUUCUUUGCCAUGCUCACAGUUUUCCAGUGCAUCACCAUGGAGGGUUGGACAGAAGUCCUCUACUGGAUGAACGAUGCCAUUGGCUACGACAUACCGUGGAUUUACUUUGUUUCUUUAGUCAUUUUCGGCUCAUUUUUCAUCAUCAACCUUGUAUUGGGUGUGUUGAGCGGAGAGUUCUCUAAGGAAAGAGAGAAGGCCGUGGCGCGUGGCGAGCUGCAGAAGGCGCAGGAGAGCAAACAGAUGGAGGAGGACAUGAUCGGCUACAUGGACUGGCUCAUAGAGGCUGAGGAUGUGGACGAAGAAGGAAACAAACGAGCUGCAAUCGCAAAGAAAAAGAUGAUGAAGAAGUUUGGCUGGUACAAACACAGUGAGGAUGGUGGAGAGUCUGAUUCUGAUGAUGAUAUUGCAUACCUUGAUGAYGACAACGGCUUCUGUGCUUCUCUCAUGGCAAAGAUGAUGGCCAAUAGCUUCUGUGACCAGCUGUGCCAGCUCAACCAUACUUUUAGAAAGAACUGUCGAGUUGCAGUGAAGACCACUAACUUUUACUGGUUGGUGCUGCUGCUGGUGUUUCUCAACACUGUGGCCAGUGCCUCAGAGCACUACGGCCAGCCCAAGUGGCUCACAGAGAUGCAAGAGCGAGCCAAUAAAGUCCUGCUGCUGCUCUUCACUCUGGAGAUGUCGAUGAAGAUGUACGCCUUUGGUCCUCAGAUCUAUUUCAUGGCUCUGUUCAACCGUUUUGACUGCUUUGUGGUGUGCGGCGGCAUUCUGGAGACGCUGCUUGUGGAGAUGGACGUCAUCCCGCCCAUYGGCAUCUCUGUGCUGCGCUGCAUCCGACUGCUCCGGAUAUUYAAGAUGACUCGACACUGGGCCGCCCUCUCUGAUCUGGUCACCUCRCUGCUCAACUCCAUGAAAGCCAUCUGCUCCCUUCUGCUCCUGCUCUUCCUCUUUCUCAUCAUCUUCGCUUUGCUGGGCAUGCAGCUGUUUGGAGGGAAAUUCAACUUUGAUGACACUCAGAUGAAGAGAAGCACAUUCGACUCGUUCCCUCAGGCUCUGCUAACAUGUUUUCAGAUCCUUACUGGAGAGGACUGGAACGCUGUGAUGUACGACGGCAUCAUGGCCUAUGGAGGGCCAGUCUUCCCCAACAUGGUGGUGUGCAUUUACUUUGUCAUCCUCUUCGUCUGUGGUAACUACAUCCUGCUCAACGUCUUCUUGGCUAUCGCUGUGGACAACUUGGCAGGAGGCGGCGGGAAGAAGAAAGUUGAAGAGAAAAAGGAGGAAGAAGAAGAGUGGGAUGAGGACGAAGAAAAAGAAAAUGAAGACGAAGGGAACGAAGAGGAUGACUGGCAGGAGAACGAGGAGCUGAGAGCCAUCGAGGGACUGGAGGGAGUUGCUCCGUUAAAGCCGGAGUUCUCCGGACCUAAAGAAAAGAUUGUGCCGAUACCUGACGGAAGCUCCUUCUUCAUCCUUGGAAAGAAAAACUGUUUACGAGUCGCCUGCCACAACCUCAUCCACCACCCCUACUUCACCAACUUCAUCCUUAUCUUCAUCAUCCUCAGUAGUAUUUCACUGGCUGCUGAGGAUCCCAUCAAAUCCCACUCCUUCAGGAACAUUGUGCUCGGAUACGCCGAUUAUGUUUUCACUUCGGUUUUCACCGUGGAGAUCGUCCUAAAGAUGACCGUGUACGGAGCUUUCCUGCACACCGGUUCUUUCUGUAGAAAUGCCUUCAACCUCCUCGACCUGCUGGUCGUCAGUGUUUCCCUCACUUCUUUCUUUCUACAUUCAAGUGCGAUCUCUGUGGUGAAGAUUCUUCGAGUUCUUCGAGUGCUCAGGCCUCUUCGAGCCAUCAACAGAGCCAAAGGGUUGAAGAAUGUGGUGCAGUGUGUUUUUGUGGCGAUCCGCACCAUCGGCAACAUCUUGAUUGUCACAACACUCCUUCAGUUCAUGUUUGCCUGCAUCGGAGUGCAGCUUUUUAAGGGGAGAUUUUACAGCUGCACCGAUGAAGCCAAACACACACCAGAAGAGUGCAAGGGAACGUUUGUGGUCUACAAAAACGGAGACAUGAACCAUCCCAUGGUUAAAGAGCGAGUUUGGGAAAACAGUGAUUUUAACUUUGACAAUGUGUUGAUGGGCAUGUUGGCUUUGUUCACUGUAUCCACAUUUGAAGGCUGGCCACUGAUCCUGUACCGGUCCGUAGACGCCAACGCCAUAAACCGAGGCCCUAUUUACAACUACCGAGUAGAAAUUUCUAUCUUCUUCAUCAUCUACAUCAUCAUCAUUGCUUUCUUCAUGAUGAACAUAUUUGUGGGUUUCGUCAUCAUCACUUUCCGAGAGCAAGGAGAGGCUGAGUUCAAAAACUGUGAACUCAACAAAAAUCAGCGUCAGUGUGUGUAUUAUGCGCUGAAAGCUCAACCAAUCAAGAUUUACAUCCCAAAGAACCCAUCACAGCUGAAAUUUUGGAAGAUCAUCAACUCCAGCCAGUUUGAGUAUGUGAUGUUUGUGCUGAUUCUGGGAAACACGCUGACUCUGGCUGUUCAGCAUUACGAACAGUCCAAACUGUUCACCUCCAUCAUGGACAUCCUCAACAUGAUCUUCACCGUGGUUUUCACCAUCGAGAUGAUUAUCAAGCUGAUGGCUCUGCGGGCUCAUCACUAUUUCAUUGAUCCCUGGAAUUCCUUUGAUGCACUGAUCGUCGUGGGGAGCGUGUUGGACAUCGCAGUGUCUGAACUGAGUGGAGGAGGCGGUCAUGGAGAGGGUGGUGGUGGGAAAGGAGAACAUGGAAAAGUGUCCAUCACCUUCUUCCGUUUAUUUCGUGUGCUGAGGUUGGUUAAACUGCUCAGCAAAGGAGAAGGCAUUCGAACUCUUCUCUGGACUUUUGUUAAGUCCUUGCAGGCUUUACCUUACGUUGGCCUCCUUAUCGCCAUGAUUUUCUUCAUCUAUGCUGUGAUUGGCAUGCAGAUGUUUGGGAAAAUAGCCGUCGAUGAUGACACAGAGAUCAACAGAAACUGCAACUUCCAGACUUUCUUCAUGGCCGUUCUGGUCCUUUUCAGGUGUGCCACCGGAGAGCAGUGGCAGGAGAUCAUGUUGGCCGCCCUGCCCGGCAGACGCUGUGACCCUGAGUCUGAAAUCGAGCCUGGCGAAGAGUUCACCUGCGGAAGCAAUCUGGCCUACAUUUACUUCAUCAGCUUCUUUAUGCUCUGUGCUUAUCUGAUUAUCAAUCUGUUCAUUGCUGUCAUCAUGGACAACUUUGAAUAUCUUACACGAGACUGGACCGUGCUCGGCACUCACCACCUGGACGAGUUUAAGAGGGUUUGGUCCGACUACGAUCCAGAAGCCACCGGUCGCAUUAAGCAUAUCGACGUCGUCACCAUGUUACGCAGGAUUCAGCCGCCUCUUGGUUUUGGAAAGCUUUGUCCWCAUCGAGUUGCUUGCAGAAGGCUGGUGGCCAUGAACGUCCCCCUGCACCCUGACGGGACGGUCACUUUCAACGCCACUCUGUUUGCUCUUGUUCGAACCUCACUUAAGAUCAAGACUGAAGGUCCUGUUGAUCAGCAGAAUGAAGAGCUGAAGAUUAUAAUUAAGAAGCUGUGGAAGCACACCAAACCUAAACUCAUUGAUGAGAUUAUUCCACCCCCUAGAGGGGAUGAGGUGACGUGCGGAAAGUUUUAUGCCAGCUUCUUGAUUCAAGAUUACUUCAAGAAGUUCCGCAAGAGAAAAGAGAGAGAGAGAAAAUCCAAGAAGAAGGACAGAGCAGCCGCUCUGCAGCUGGGGCUGCGGACCCUGCAGGACCUGGCUCCAGAGAUGCGUCUGGCGAUGGUCUGUGACCUGGAGGACGAAGAGGCCACAGAGGGAGAGAUGACCGCCGAUGAGAUCUUCGACAGCGAGCACUCGGCGACCACCACGCCUGCUGCCACGCCGCUGCCCCCUCUGCACGUGCUGGUGGAGCAGACGGCUGUGAUCGUUGAACCUGAGCCCAGGCUGACCAACGGGGGCGUGAUCACCAGGCAGGUGGAGGGCUUGCAGGAGCACCAGAGACCAGGAUCAGAUCUGGCCGGGGUCAGCAUUGUUACGGAGCAGCCUGUGAGGUCUGAGCCCCUCCCCUUCAGUGUGGAGUCCAUCAGUGAGACACCUCUUCCUCCUCCUCCUCCUCCUCCUCCUCCAGAGAUAUUAGAUGAAGGAGUCGUUGGAGCUGAAGCAGUCGUUUUGGCUCCAAAUGGAGCAGCUGAGCAGUUUUAUAUUAACGAGGGAGAUGCUGCAAGUGUAGCAUCAGACAGGUAUCUAUAUCCAGACGCCAUGUCUCCAGUACCAGACGCUGUGUCUCCUGUCCCCACUGAGACGGGGGACAUUGGCCAGAUUCUGGACAGAGCCAGCAGCGUAGGGGAAAUGCCCUACGAUGCUCACGAUGCUCAUGGCUUUGUCGGGAGCAGCUACGGAGAAAACAACAUGAAUGGAGGGAGUGUGGCGGUUAGCCCCGCCCCCUACGAGUUAGACAGAUAUAACAGGAACGGAUACAACGCAAUGAGCUACAAUGAAAACAGCAGCUUUAUCAGCACUAACGGCGAUGGAAKUAUGAUGAGCGGCUGCAAUGAAAACGGCAGCACCAUCAGUGGUUACAAUGGGAAUGAGAACGGUGGUGCCCAGUUUGUUCGGAGACGACUACUUCCUGCCAUACCCAAAGGUCGUAAACCUGCCUUUAACUUCCAGUGUCUGAGACCUCAGAGCAGCGUGGACGACCUGCCGGUCCCUGGGAUUUAUCACGGGAACACGUCUCCAUCCAGAUCCCGUCUGCAGGCCCAGCACAGCCUGGACUCACGGCCCAGCAGCGUGUCCUCCAUGUCGUCCAUCUCCUGGGCCAACACGGCGGCGGCCGGCGCCACGCCUCUUCCAAAAAUAAUGGCUCCCACGGGCCGCAGGGGCAAGCUCAUCUACACCCCCAUGAUCCUGGUGGAUCAGGAGUCCGGCACCAGCCAGCCUCUGUGGGGCGACGGCUCUGCCAGCCUUCCAGCGGGACAGCGUCCAGGCUGGUACCCGGGUCAGACCAGAACCUUCACCAGUGUGAGGAUGCCGCCUCCUGGAAACCAGAGCUUUAUAGACAAAGGCAGCGCUGACAGUCUGGUCGAGUCGAUCCUGAUCUCUGAGGGCCUCGGCAUCUACGCUCGGGACCCCAAAUUCGUCAACUUUGCCAAGCGGGAAAUCGCCGAAGCGUGUCACAUGAGUCUGGAUGAGAUGGAGAGCGCCGCCGCUGACCUGAUCGCACGAGGGACCAGUCGCUCCAUUUCCCGCUUCGAGGACGAACUGGCCGACGAAAUGAACUGUGUGAUUUCUUACUGAGAUCAGCCGGAACACGACGAGGAGGCGACGUUAGACAACAAAACUCCUUGGCGUGGUGGGUGUUUAUGUUGGUUUCAAGGAGGGGGAAAAACGUGAGAGUCGUUACCUGCGAAUGCCAAAACGAGCACAGACGCUGAUUUUAAAAAGUGUCUGAACUUUUCUUCUACAGAAGAGACUGAUGAAAAUAAAAUCACACUUUAGCUCCAAGCAUCAUUUUAUUAAAGCCAUUUUUCCACAGUUUUUUAUUAUUUAAAUUAAACUAUCAUUUUAUUAACCUUUGUGAUCAUUUGCACAAUAAAUAACCAGAGAAGAGAAAAAUAUAAGGUUCAACAUCAGAGUUUGGAGAAAAAAAUCCUCCAAAAUACAGAACUUGUAAAAAAAUGUUUCAGCUGUUUAGAUUGUUGUGACUUUCAGUUGAAUGGCUGAGCAAAUAAAAUGUGUUUUUCUCUAA